GGGCGCCAUCGGGUCCCAUUUAACCCACUAAACCUCCCCGUUCGAGUCGCCACGCAAUCGUCCAGAGGUCGGGUCUUCGCAUGUGCCUCAUCCAUGUACUUGCGGUCCUCAAAGCCACUGGGAUCGUUGCACAUCGCUGCAUAUUCGCGGAGCGCGGGGCGCUCAAAGAUGGUCAUCCCAUCGUAGCACGCCGCUCCGGGGCUGCACGUCGAGUAGAUACAUCAAUGUCAGCUUCGGGACGGCACAUCGCAAAAAGUUUCUCGACGCGUGUCUCGUGUGGCCAGCGUUCGUGGGCAGCCAAGCACGAGCCGAGCGUCUGUCUGCCGGCGUCUCCGGCCGCCUGCGUCUGUGUAAGAGCCUCUCGACGAGGGACCAUGGCAUCGCGGCGCCUCGCGCAGCUCAAGGUCGUCUGCGGCAAGCGCUGGGUCGUGCGCAAGCGGUCCAUGGGCCAGAACCUCCAGCUCUUCCUGCUGCCGGCGACGGGCUUCCUGCUCGCCUUCUUCUUCUACCUGAGCUUCGCGCUGCCGGACCGGCGCUCCACGGGCUACCUCGAGCUCGUGUUCUGCCCCUGCGCCGUGAUCAUGCUCCUGAACCUCUCGACCGUCGACCUCGUCGCCGAGAAGAGCGCGCGGCUCCUGGAGACGAUGAAGAUCAUGUCGCUCAAGACGGAGGUCUACUUCGGCGCCUACGCGGCCGAGGGCGCGGCGACGGGCUUCGCGCUGAGCCUCGGCCUCGCGGUCCUCGCGGCGGCGACGCGGCUCUUCAACGGCGGCGCGUUCGCGAGCGUCUUCGGCCUCCUCUGGUGCUUCUGCCUCGCGACGAGCGCGCUCGCCUGCCUCAUCGCGUCGGUCUUCGACACGGCGCAGACAGCGGGCCAGCUCGCCCUCGGUGUCCAGGCCGCGUCGAUCGCCUUCUUUUUCGUCUUCGUGGGCCCGGACGUGAAGCGGUACGACGUGGCGCCCUCCGCGCAGCGCGCGUGGUGCCUCCUGCCGCACGUCGCCUUCGAGCUCGGCGUCAACUCCUUCCGCGGGCCGCCGACGACGGGCGAGCACCCGCGGCCCGCGCCGGAGAAGCGCCUCGCCGGCGGCUGCGGCCGGCACGAGCACGUGCUCUGGUCCGUCGGCUGCCCCGAGCUCGAGGCCGACUACGGCAUCCCGAACAACGACGACUUCAACGUGUCGUCCGUCUUCCCGGACUGGGACAGCCUCACCUACAAGCGCUUCCACAAGUACACGCAGUACGACGGGAUCCCGCUCGGCGAGAUCUGCGGCAUGCUGCUGCUCGACGCGCUGCUCUUCUCGCUGCUCGCGUGGUACCUCGGCCAGGUGCUGCCGAGCGCGUACGCCGCGCCCAAGCCCUGGUACUUCCCCGUCGCGCCGCUCUUCAAGAAGCGCGCGGGCGCCGAGGCGCCCGCCAUCGAGUUCGCCGAGGCGACGUCGCCGGCCGCCGUCGCCGUCGACGUCGGCGACGGCGACGACGUCGUCGCCGAAAAGGUCGCGCGCGGAGACGCGCCGACGGUGCGCCUCGCGGGGCUCCGCAAGUGCUUCGGCGCGCACGUCGCCGUCCGCUCGCUCACCUUCGACAUGUACGACGGCGAGAUCUUCUCGCUGCUGGGCCACAACGGUGCGGGCAAGUCGACGUCGAUCAACGUGCUCACGGGCGUGCUCCCGAGCGACGCCGCGGCCGACGACGGCGGCGCGACGAUCUACGGCCACGACAUCCGGCGCGGCAUGGACGAGGCGCGCGCGGUCACGGGCGUGUGCCCGCAGCACGACGUCCUCUUCGAGCUGCUCACGGCGCGCGAGCACCUCGCGUUCUUCGCGCGGCUCAAGGGCGCCGCCGCCGACGCCGCGGCCGCCGAGGCCGACGCGCUCCUCGCGACGUUCCACCUCCACGAGCGCGCGGACCACCUCGGCCACGAGCUCUCCGGCGGCAUGCGGCGCAAGUUGAGCACGGCCGUCGCCCUCUGCGGCGGGUCCAAGUUCGCGCUCUUGGACGAGCCGACGGCGGGCAUGGACGCGCUGGCGCGGCGCGAGCUUUGGGACCAGCUCGCGGCGACGAAGAAGGGCCGCACGCUCCUGCUCACGACGCACUACAUGGACGAGGCCGACGUGCUCGGCGGCGCGACGCCGCACCGCAUCGGCAUCAUGACCCACGGCGCGAUCAAGUGCGUCGGCUCAAGUGCGUUCCUCAAGAAGUACUACGGCGCGGGCUACCGCGUCGUCUGCGAGCGCGCGCCGGGCGGCGACGCCGCGAGCCUGGCGCGCUUCGACGCGCUCCUCGCGUCCCACCUGCCCGGCGCGUCGCGCGCCGCCACGCUCGCGCGGCGCAAGGUCGCGGAGCCGACGUUCGAGGCGACGCUGCCCUUCGGGUCGGAGAAGAAAUUCGGCGCGUUCUUCGACGCGCUCGACGCGAAGCUCGGCGCCCUCGACGUCACGACCUACGGGCUGACGAUCACGUCGCUGGAGGAGGUCUUCCUCAAGGUCGGCGCCGACGAGUCCGUCGCGCCGUCGCGGCCCAGCGACGCCGCGCGCAUCGGCGCGGGCCGCGCGCACGCGCCGUCCGUCGCCGUCCAGAUCGCGGGCCUCGCGAAGAAGCGGCUCCACACGGCGUCCCACGAGCCCAUCAAGACGCUCGCGCUCCUCCUGCUCCCCAUCGGCGCCGUGCUCGCGGGGUUCCUCAUGGCCAAGUACAAGGUCGUGUCGAAGCAGGACUACCUCAACGACCUCGUCGCGUCGGCCAUCGCGGCCGCGGGCUUCCUGCUGGCGCCGGCGCUCAUCGCGGAGAACAUCGUCGCAGAACGAGAGACGAAGCUGCGGAACGUGCUGAGCGUCAUGGGCUGCGACCUCCGGGCCUACUGGGCGGGCGCGUUCCUCGGGGACCUCGCGCUCCUGUCGCCCGUGCUCGCGGCGUACUACGUCGUCGUCCCCGCGACGGGCAUGCACCGGUGGCUCGCCGACGGCGCCAUCUUCUGGUUCGUGCCCAUGGCGCUGUGCCAGGUCGUCGCCUACAGCUACGUCGUGAGCUUUCUAUUCGGCUCCGCGAAGCGCUGCGUCGCCGCGGUGCCGGGCCUCCAGAUCGUGCAGAUCUUGGGGCCGCAGCUCACGACGCUCGUCGUCUACACGGUCAUCCGCCAGUUCGACGACGGCUUCUCCAUGGAGAAGAUCCAGGCGUCCCAGUACUGGCUCAUCACGGUCUUCAGCCCGCAGGGCACGACGUUCAUGGCGCUCGACCUCGUCGCGACGACGGAGCCCGCGCCGGGCGGGCCGCGGAUCUGGGAGGUCCAGCUCAUCUUCGCCGCCGAGGUCGUGCUCUACGUCGGCCUCUGCCUGUUCCUCGAGGCCCGCGGCACGCGGCCGCUCGCCGUGACCUUCCCGGAUUUCCCGCCGGCCUCGGACGCGGACGCGGACGUCGCGGCCGAGGCCGCGGCCGUCGCGGACGACCCGGCGCCGGCCAAGGGCGGCCCGCACACGCUCGUCGUCAAGCGCCUGCGCAUGGUCUUCCCCCGGACGCGGACGAACGCGCGCGAGACGGUGGCGGUGCACGACGCGUCGUUCCGCGUGCGCCGCGGCGAGUGCUUCGGUCUGUUGGGCGCCAACGGCGCGGGCAAGUCGACGACGAUGAACAUGGUCGUCCGCCACCUCGCGCCGACGAACGGCGACGUCUUCGUCGACGGCGUCUCCGCGAUGACGGACUUUUCCGGCGCCGCGGAGGCGCUCGGCGUCGUCGCGCAGUCGAACACGCUCUGGGACCGGCUCACGUGCGCGGACCACCUGAAGCUCUUCGCGCGCAUCCGCGGCGUGCCCGGGGGCGAGGCCGGGCGGCUCACGGAGGCCGCGCUCGACGAGCUCGAGCUGAGGCCGCACGCGACGAAGCUCGCGAUGCGCCUGAGCGGCGGCAUGAAGCGCAAGCUCUGCGUCGCCAUCGCCAUCGUCGGGGACCCCCAGUGCGUGCUGCUCGACGAGCCGUCCGCGGGCCUCGACCCCGUGUCGCGGCGGAACCUCUGGAACGUCGUCCGGGCGACGAUGGACGCGCGCGCGGUCGUGCUGACGAGCCACCUCAUGGAGGAGGUCGAGGCGCUGUGCGACCGCGUCGCGAUCAUGGUCAAGGGCCGCCUGCGGUGCCUCGGCACGAUCCAGCACCUGAAGCGGUCCCUGGGCACGAACUACGAAGUCGAGCUCCGCGUCGACCCCGAGGCCUUCGCGAGCGAUCCCGCCGGCGCGUCCGCGAAGCUCCGGAGCCUCGCCGGCGACGUCUUCGGCGGCGCGGCCGUCGAGGACGGCGCGCCCAACGCCGGCGUUUUCACCUUCGAGUGCCCCCAGGCCGCGAUGCGGAUGGGCCCGGUCUUCGACGCGCUCGAGCGGCGGGGCGAGGAGGCGGCCCUCGUCGGCUACGCGAUCUCCCAGCCGUCCCUCGAGGCCGUCUUCAUCCGCACGGUCCUCGAGACGAGCGGCGGCGAGCGGCGCCUCGCGCGCGCGCUGUCGACGCAGUCGUCCGUCGAGGACGGCGUCGACGAGCCGGGCACGCCCAAGCUCCCGCCGCCGCGGCCGCGGAUGACGGGCUGCACGCGGCCGGUCCACUGGAGCCUCGCGUGCCUCUGCUUCCCCGCCUGGCUCGUCCUCUCGGUCCUGAGCUCCGCGGGCGGGACCGACCGAGACGGCGGCCAGAAGGCCUUCGGCAUGCUCUCCGUCGUCGCGCUCGUCGUCGCCAUCUGGGCCUCCAUCGGCUGCUGCUGCCCUCAUCGGGACCAGCGCGAGAAUUCCUGCCGCGCGAACGCGCUCUUCGGCAAGAGCCUCAGCGAGCGCUUCGCGUUCCACGACACGCGGCGGAGGAAGCCGCGCUACCCGCCGCAGCCGACGCCGAGCGAGAUGAGCCUGAGCUGCCGCGCGGCGCGGCGCCGCGACGUGCGCCACUUCAGCACGUCGCUCGCGCGCCAGGGCUCGCGCGAGAACUUCGGCGGCGCGCCGGUCCGGUCGGGCUCCGCGCGCGAGCUCUCCGCGCGCGAGCGCUACGGCGCGGCCGUCUCCGCGCGGCCGUCCGCGGCCACGGUGCUCACGAUGCGCGACCACUCGGCGCGCGAGGGCGCGCCCCCGAAGCGCCGCGAGGAGAAGCCGUUCUGGCGCGUCUCCGACGGCCGCGACGCCCGCCCGGACGUGCGGUCGCGCGUGCGGCCGACGACGCCGACGUCCCGGCGGCCGGGCAGCGCCAAGCCCCGCGCGGCGCGCGUCGACGGCACGCCCAUCCCCAUCACGCGCGCCUUCUCCACGCUCCUCGAGGCGGGCAAGCCGCGGCGCCGGAAGAAGACGCGCCGCGAGGCCGGCAUGGCCUGGUCCUACGACUACGGCUGGCGCGAGAAGCCGCGGCCGGCCGAACCGCCGGCCCGCCCGUCGACGGCGCCCGCCCAGGUCCGUCCCUCGACGGCGCCCUAG